AAACAUUUUUUCUCUCCCUCUCUCCUCUUUCCAUCUCCCUCACUUUUCCAGAAACAUUGAAAGCUUGAAACAACGUUGAAGGAGCCCCAGCCUCUCCUCUUCAUAUCUCCUUCUCUUGUGCAAAAUCCUCUGAAAGCCUGCAAAUUUUAUAAAAAAAUCCCAGCAAAGGAGCUGUUAACGCACCCAAACCAUCCAUCAAUGGAACUCACAAAAAAAUACAGUGAGAAACCCAUGCCACAAACACAGAUCCACCCAAAAAAAAUCAACCCAGCAGUUUCUACAUUCUUUUCAUUUGGCCCCUUUAAUACCUUUUGGCCUAAAAAAAGGCAAAUGAGAAAAAACCAAUUGGCUUAUUUACAACCCCGUUAAUCCCCAAGCCAAAAUUACCAAGUCAAUUUUCACAAAAGAGCCAUUAAAAGAACAAAUGGGUCUCUGCUCUUUCUUUCUUUCUAUCUACAUAUGACUAAAUGCACAGAUUUGUGGCGUUAAACCCUCAUUGUUUUAAGAUAAAACCAGGUUUUUUGAAGUGGGUUUCAUUUAUUUCCUCAACCCAUUUUAGGAAAAUUAAGGCUUUUGCAUUUGUUUACUGCUGAUUUGGUUCUAGUGUGUGUUUUUCUUGUUCCAAUCAGAAAGAGCAAACGGGUCUCUGUAAGAAAGUUUCUUGCUUUUUGUUAAUGGAUGGGUCUGUGGAUCUAUGGAUUUGAAGAAACCUCAUUUUUUAAAGCUUAAAACUUGUUUUGGUGAAGUAGGCUUUUAUAAAUUUUUGUGAAUAUUAAUUGGCAUUGGAGAGAGAAAAAUCAAGGCUUGCUUUGUUGAAGGAGAGAAUGAUUCAGUUGUUCUUGGUUUUGUUUGCUGAGGGUAUUUUGGCAUUUCUUCUAUUGGUCAAGAUUGGGCCUUUGAGAGAGCUUGCGAUAAAGAAUUUGGAUCCGUUGAAGACUGGGAAAGGUCCUGCCACUGCGAAAACUAUAGCUGGUACCAUGUCUGUGAUUCUACUAUCAAGCCUUAUGAGCAUUGUUAAGAUACAGAACAGGGGUGCAAAGCUUGGAACCAUGUCACCCAUGGAUCAGGUUCUAUGGAGGACCCAUUUGCUUGAGGCUUCACUCAUGGAGGAUUUUGCAGAAGAGAGGGAGAUAUGAAGAAAAGAGAGGCUGUGUGACUCCUUCAACGUUGUUUCACGCCUUCAAUGUUUCUGGAAAAGUGAGGAAGAUGGGAAGAGAGGAGAGGAGGGAAAAAAUGUUUUUUUUUAUUUGCUGACGUGUCAGGUCAGGACCCUAUUUAAUCUCUAAUUUUAUUUGUGACUCACGUUCAUUUGCCACAUUUGCGGUGCUAACAAUGUGUGGGUUCCGUGCGGUAGGUACACACAUUGACUCACGUUUCCAAGUUUGCUUAAUAGCUUGGGCCUGUUUUUGAGCCCAUGAAAGAAAAUGAGUCCAUAUUCCAUUAUAUAAGCAGCAUUUUAGGUCAAAGUGUUCUUAAAUUUUCCUUGAGAGAAAGGAAGCGGUGGCAGCCUAAGAUGUGGAGAAAUGUGUGCGCAUCUUUACCCACCAGAUCUGUGUAUGUUCCAACUUGUUCUCUUCCCUUUUGUGUAAGGGUUUCAUUUCAUGUUCUUACUUGUUCUGUUAGUGCUACUUGUGCAACUUUUGCUAUUGCUAGUAGUUAUAAUUUCGAAAACCCAGAUCAGUUCAUGAAUUAUGUGAGAAUUCGAUGCAGAGACUUUGAUCAUGGUUUAGAUCCGUUUGAUAAACUGCUUCAUCUGAACCUUUUGUCUGCAAUUAUAGAUUUCAUUAGUUUAUAUUUUGCAAUUGCAACAAUAAAGUAUUACUCAACCGUGAUUACUUUGUAUAAAGAUUUGAAUCUAAUCCGUUGACGCAUCUCAUCUCAUCAUGAGAAGCAUGCAUGCAUUUUUUUAUCUCAUCUUGAAAAGCAUGAAUGCGGAGGGUGCUGCAGGAGGUGACUGAGGAAUAGUCGUAGCAUCAUUCUCAAGAAACGGAUCAAUGGGAUUGGGAGAUGCAGGAUGCUCUAGAGCAGAUGACUUAUACUAGAUUUCAAAGAAGAUAUACUGAUGGGUCUUCGACGUUUUGGGGCAUCGCUUCUGCCAUUUGAAAUUGACUAGUUGUUAUUUUCUCUCUUAGUAAAAAUCAUAUCGGCCUAUUAUCAUAAGUUGUUGAAGUUAACAAUAAUUGGGUUAUGUCCUUGAAAAAGAAUUUGGAAGCCAAGAGAGAGGGAAAAAAAAUUUGGAAGCAAGCUGACAUAAAGAAGAAUGAGAAUGGAUGGAUCUGCAUAGAAGAAAUCAUGAUGCUAGUUGAUGAUAAUUGUUUGUAAAAUUGUAAAAUUAUAUAAAAGUGUUCAUCUCUUAUUUUUCAAAA